AUGGCUCCACACUGGGAAGAAGAACGUCGUCACCAUCAUCAUCAUAACCGCCCCAUUAUUGAAGUGGAUAUUGUAAAUCCUAUGUCUAGGCCCUAUGUGCCACCGCCUCGUCCUGUUGUAGAAGUAGACAUAGUGAAUCCUAGGCCUUAUGUUCCACCGCCUCGUCCUGUUGUUGAAGUUGAUAUAGUGAAUCCCAUGUCUAGGCCCUAUGGACCACCACCACAGCGUGUGACAACAGAGGUUUAUGUACCACCCCAACAGUACGCUCCUCCUCCACAAAGAGAAAUCGUAAUUGUUGAAAACCGUCCACCUCCACCCCGCGAGCACUGGGAUAAUUCACCUCGCUGGUAA